AUAAAAAAAGUUGGAUGCGAAGCACAAACCCUUGGUGUUGGAGCAACGAUUGUGCAACUCCCAUUGCUGAUCUGAUAGAAACCUUCUGACACAAACACAAAAUCGAAGUAUCGUCAACCUGACAACGCAAAUGUGGCAUUCGUCAAUGUUAGAUUCUAUAGACAAGCAAAAGUUAUACAACUUUUCCACACGUACAAAACCACAACGCAAAUGUACCUAUUUUACAGAGGUCGGGGGAUUUAUCAAAAUUGUUUCUAGGGUUUGAGAAAUCAGUGAUUUUGAAUGGCGUUGUUACGGAAAUUGUUAUCCAAGAAGCAGCCUGAUGGACUUGUCGGUGUCUAUGAGAGACUCUACGUCUUUGACUCCUGUUUCAGAAUUAAAACUUGGGAACAAGAAGAAUACAAAGCAUACGUGGGCAACAUCAUAAGUAAAUUUCAAGAAACUUACCCUGAAUCUUCAGUCAUGAUUUUCAAUUUUCGGGAGGGAGAUGCAGCAAGCAAGAUCCACCAAUUUCUAUCACAAUACUUUAUUACUAUAAUGGACUACCCUCGGCACUAUGAAAGUUGCCCAUUGCUCUCAGUGGAGGUGAUCCACCAUUUUCUUAAAUCAACUGAAAGCUGGCUCUCACUUGGACAACAAAACAUUGCGCUAAUGCACUGUGAGGUUGGUGGUUGGCCAGUUUUGGCUUUCAUGUCGGCUGCUCUUCUACUUUACAGAAAACAAUACACUGCUGCAAAUAGGGCCCUGGAGAUGGUUUAUAAGCAGGCCCCACCUGAUGUGUCACCACAGCUGAUGUCACGAUUGAAUUCGUUAGCUUCUCAGUUGAGGUACUUACAGUAUGUGUUAAAGAGAAAUGCUGAAGAGCAAUGGCCUCCAGCAGACAAACCACUCACAUUAGUUUGUGUGAUGAUGAGAAUGAUUCCUGAUUUUGAUGGAAAAGGGGGUUGUUGUCCUAUAUUUAGAAUUUAUGGGCGUGAUCCUUUGUUACUUGUUGAUAAAAGUUCUAAACUUCUUUUUUCAACCCCAAGGAGGAGUAAAAAUGUCUGCUCAUAUAAUCAGGCAGAAAGUGAACUGGUCAAAAUAGAUAUUAAUUGUCAUAUUCAAGGUGACAUUGUGCUGGAGUGUCUUAACUUGCAUGAUGAUGACAUGGCAAAGGAUGAUAUUAUGUAUCAGGCCAUGUUCAACACAGCGUUCAUCAAGUCAAAUACUUUAGUGCUUAAUCGUGAUGAAAUCGAUGUAUCUUGGGACAUUAAGGAUCAAUUUUCUAAAGACUUUAAAGCUGAGCUUCUUUUCACCGAAAUGGACGCUACAGCUUCUACGGUUCCAGUAGAUUUGUCUUGUUUUGAAGAAGAGGGGCUACCAAUGGAAGCAUUUGCAAAGGUUCAAGAUAUGUUUAGUAGUGUGGAUUGGCUUGUACCUAAAAGUGAUGCGGCUUUGAAUAGGCUACAUAAUAUGGCUUUAUCUGAUAUUGUUAAUGAAAUGUUGGGGAUUCAAAGCACUGAAUCUAGUAAUCUACUUCAAACACUUCCUAAAAGGAAUCAAGGCAAAGACGGACCUACAGUAUCUCAUACAAAGUCAAAGAGUUCAUUUCUCGGUGAUGAGAAGACUUCAUCUGGUAUUGUGGGGCCUAGAAGUGUUUCGCUUCCUAGACACUUACCAUCAUCAAAACAGUUACAAGCAUCAUUGGAUGGUGGUGCAAAAGCUUUUUCUUCUUUUAAAUCCAUGUCACCUCAUAUAAUCUUGACAUGUACACAUCCUUCUGUUUCUGACAAACUCGAUACACGUUUGAAUGAUGGUGGGACAUCUUCCUUGCCUUCUUCUGUCCCAGCUUCCAGCCCACUACCUGGGCAGCCUCAACCAGCCCAACCUGCUCCUCAACAGGGAGAUGGAGGUGGUGAAGCUCCUCCCGGUGGUGGUGGAGGAGGACCUCCACCAGCACCACCACCAGCACCACCAGCACCACCAGCACCACCAGCGCCACCAGCGCCACCAGUGCCACCCCCACCCCAAGCAAAACCAGCAGCCCCACCACCAGGCCCACCACCACCACCACCAAAUAAAUCAGGUCCACCACCACCGCCUCCUCCAGUUAAUGGAAACAAAGAAGGUGCUCCAGGUCCACCACCACCACCUCCAGGUUCAAAAGGAGGCGGUGUAGCUGCUCCAUCUCCACCACCUCCGUUAAAUAAACCACGUGCUCUAUCAAGGACAACUGCUGUGAAAACUCAACCAGGAAAAAAGCUGAAGCCUUUACAUUGGUCAAAAAUAAAUAGAGUAGGACAAGGAAGCUUGUGGGCUGAAGCAGAAAAAUCUGGUGAAGCGGCAAGGGCACCAGAGAUUGAUAUGUCUGAACUUGAAACACUCUUCUCAGCAUCAAAUCCAAAUUCUGACAAGGCCACAAAAGCAAAAUCCAAAGCAGCUAAUAAACCUGAAAAAGUGCAACUGAUUGACCAUAGGCGGGCAUAUAACUGUGAAAUCAUGCUUUCAAAGGUGAAGGCACCAUUGCAUGAAUUGAUGGAACAUGUCCUUAAUUUGGAUGAGUUAGCAAUGGAUGUUGAUCAGGUGGAUAACCUUAUAAAGUUCUGUCCUACCAAGGAGGAGAUGGAACUACUUAAGGGCUAUAAAGGAGAACCUGAGAUGUUGGGCAAAUGUGAACAGUUCUUCUUAGAGCUAAUGAAAGUUCCACGUUCAGAAGCGAAGCUUGUAGUUUUUUCAUAUAAGAUACAGUUUAGUGAACAGGUUUCAGAACUUAACGAUAGCCUAAAAGUUGUAUAUUUAUCAGUAGAACAGAUUAGGAGUUCUGUAAAGUUGAGAAGAGUCAUGCAGACAAUUCUUUCUCUUGGGAAUGCUUUGAACCAAGGAACUACAAGAGGUGCUGCUGUUGGGUUCAGAUUGGACAGCCUCUUAAAACUUAACGAAACGCGUGCCAGGAACAAUAAAAUGACUCUCAUGCAUUAUCUUUGUAAAGUGCUUGCAGACAAACUGCCUGAACUUUUGGAUUUUUCCAAGGAACUUGGCAGCUUGGAACCUGCAUCAAAGUUACAACUAAAAAUCUUGGCAGAAGAGAUGCAAGCGAUUACAAAAGGACUAGAGAAAGUAGUCCAAGAAAAGAAGUUGUGUAAAAAAGAUGGACAUGUGUCUAAAAAAUUUCGGAAGUCUCUGAAAAAGUUUCUGGCUUCUGCUGAACCUAAUGUGAAGGAACUCGCCUCACUUUUCUCAAAGUUGGGUAAAAGUGUGGAUGCUUUAAUUAUUUACUUCGGAGAAGACCCUGCCAAAUGCCCAUAUGAAAAAGUUGUUGACACUUUGCUUAAGUUUGUGAGAAUGUUUAAUCAAGCUCAUGAUGAAAACUGCAAGCAAAUUGAGGCCGAGAAGAUUGCAGAAAAGAAGGCUGCACAGAAAGCAGCCGAACAAGAAAGAUUAAAGGCAGCUGAAAAAGAUAAGUUGAGAGCAGAAGAAAAAGAAAAGUCAAAAGUACAAAAUCAUUCCAAAAUGGAGUCAGAACUAAUAAGAAAUAAAACUCCUAUAGAAAGUGCCGAAUAAUUUUUUUUCUUUUGCCCUUUCUAUAUAACUAAAAAGGGUGGGAAAAUAGCAGCGGGUUCUGGUUGCAGCAGCCAGUGCAUGUGUUCCAGCCUUCUUUGCUGAAAAAACUGGUAAUGAUCUGGUGUUGAUUGAUUAUGAAGAAGGGUUCCCAUGAUGAAUCUCUGCAAUGUAAAGUUGUAUAAUACAUUAAUACAAUAGUUUUUUGCUGUAACUGAUACUGCUGGAGCAUCACUAGACUGAAGCGAAGAGAAAUGGGUGCGAGUAAUUUUUUGUAGUUGGCAUCUUGUAAAUAUAUAGAAAACUUAGGGUUGCAGCCGAGACAGUAAGAUGUAGAAAGUUUUGUAAUAUUUUAGUGUGAUAGCAUCCUAGGUCUCACCGAUUUUGUAGAAAAUUACAGUUAUAUCUAUAAGAUUUUGUAGUUCUUUUAUGGAACAUCAGAUUAAUCUGGAUGACAUAGUUAGAAAUUUGAGUUA